GCCGUUUUCCUCUUUCUCUGUUAAACGAAACCGUUUUCUCUCUCUGUUCCCAAUUUGUAUCCUCUCCACUCUCUUUCUACGAGACUCUGCAAAGUGAAAAUCAAUCAGAGAUAUGUGGAAGCAAGCAGUGGGCAAGGUUUUAAACAAAGGGAUUGUUGCAAACGGUGGAGAAAAGAUUAUUAGGCCUUGCUUUUAUGUACGCACUGUUGGUUUGCACCAAGGACAGUUUCGUUGUGCACCGAGGAGCUUUUUCGGGGUAGAGGAUUUUCUUGAUGAUGACAACAGUCGGCCAUACACUUACAAGAAAGAGAAGAAGUCAAAGAAUACAACCAAGCACAUUUCAUUCAAGAACCGCACCGGAGCAUAUAUGGAACCAUUUACCCUUGACGUAUUCAUCUCAAAGCGCUUUGUUUCAGCCUCACUCACUCAUAGGGUGACAAGUAAGCAGGUUGCAGUCGCAGGCACCAACUCUAAAGACAUUAAAGCAGUCCUCAAGUCGCGAUCAGAUAUACCUGCAUGUUUGGCUGUAGGCCGGAUUCUUGCUGACAGGGCAAGAGAAGCAGAUGUGUACACUGCCUCUUAUACUCCCAGGGAGAGGGACAAAUUUGAAGGAAAGAUUAGAGCUGUGGUUCAGUCCCUCAUCGAUAAUGGAAUCAAUGUUAAAAUUUAUCUGGACUGAAUAAGUUGAUCUUGGUAUCACUCUUCUUGUAGUUGUACCCCUUGGAAAAAAGUGUGUAACUCUUAUGUGUCAAUAUGAAGGCAUCAUUAUUCAUUAUAGUUCCCUGAGAAUCAAAGAAGUUCUUGUGUUCUGCAUUGGGCUUUUGCAAUUGGGAGUCAAGAUUGAUGCAGUAAUGAACAGAGAUGAACAGUGUCAUAUGAACAGUGAUAAACAUUGUCAUAUGAACAGUGAGCAGUGCUGAAUAGUGCCGACGAUGUCAGAAUGCGAUUAAUUUUAGCGUGGCACUCUGAAACGGUCAAAUAAGUUAGGCUUGUGGCGGAGUCAUGAGUUUUGUCAUUUUUUAGCCUUUUGGAAUCAUUUAGAUGGGUUUUUAGGCGUUUUUUAUGUUUUGAAGUGGUGUGUUUGCAAACUUCUAGAGUUUUUUGGGUUUCUUUGCAACUUGUGGAAUGUUUUGGGACCUUUUGAGUAAUAGUUUAAUGUUCUUUUUCUAGGUUUUUUUAUUAGGGCAAACUAUAAAAAGGCUGUUAUAGCUGUAAUAGGGCAGUUUUCGAUGAUUAUUUUUAUUAAUGAAAGUUUAAGAGCCUUUUGUGAUUGCCUAUUCA